UGGGCACCGCGGCGGAGAGCACCUCUACGCCCCAGGCCCGGCCUUCCCCGGGUGGGUGGUUGGGCAGAUCAGUCGCUCCCCAAUUAAUAUCCGGGAGUCUGGCUCAUCCUGGGACUGAUAACGUGUCCAGCAGCCCUGUUCCCUGCGCCAGAGCCCACUCGGACCAAGCGGCCGCCGAGGGGAUGGACUAUUCGUACGACGAGGACUUGGACGAGCUGUGCCCGGUGUGCGGGGACAAGGUGUCCGGAUACCACUAUGGGCUGCUCACCUGCGAGAGCUGCAAGGGCUUCUUCAAGCGCACGGUGCAGAACAGCAAACACUACACGUGCACCGAGAACCAAAGCUGCCAGAUCGACAAGACUCAGCGCAAGCGCUGCCCUUUCUGCCGCUUCCAGAAGUGCCUGGCCGUGGGUAUGCGGCUGGAAGCCGUGCGUGCAGACCGUAUGAGAGGUGGAAGAAACAAGUUUGGCCCCAUGUAUAAGCGGGAUCGUGCCUUAAAGCAGCAGAAGAAAGCCUUGAUUCGAGCCAACGGCUUCAAGUUGGAAACUGUUCCCCCGAUCGUGUCCCCCGCACCCACGGACUACCCCCUGCCCACCUCCAUUCACUCUGGCAUCAAGGGCCUGCCCCCCACCCCCUCCGCCAUGCCCCCCACCGACUAUGACAGGAGCCCUUAUGGGACACCCUCCCUGGGCAUGGGGGUGCCAGGCCCUGGGGCACUCUCUGGCUACCUCUACCCCUCCUUUCCCGGCCGCACCAUCAAGUCAGAGUACCCGGACCACUACACGAGCCCCCCCGAGCCCGGGCCUGGUUACGGCUAUCCGGACCCCUACUCCAGCAGCGCCCCACCCAACAUCCCCGAGCUCAUCCUCAAGUUGCUUCAGCUCGAGCCAGACGAGCCGCAGGUCAAGGCGCGGAUCCUGAGCUGCCUGCAGGAGCAGAGCAAGGGACGAUCGGAGAAGCCCAGCCCUUUUGGCCUCAUGUGCAAGAUGGCUGACCAGACCCUCUUCUCCAUCGUGGAGUGGGCCCGCAGCUGCGUCUUCUUCAAGGAGCUUGAGGUGGCUGACCAGAUGAAGCUGCUUCAGAACUGCUGGAGCGAGCUGCUCGUCUUUGACCAUAUCUACCGCCAGAUUCAGCACAGGAAGGAGAGCACCCUGCUGCUGGUGACCGGCCAGGAGGUGGACCUGGCCACGGUGGCGGCUCAGGCCGGGGCCCUCCUCAACAGCCUGGUCCUCAGGGCGCAGGAGCUGGUCCUGCAACUGCACUCGCUCCAGGUCGACCGCCAGGAGUUCGUCUGCCUCAAGUUCCUCAUCCUCUUCAGCCUGGAUGUGAAGUUCCUGGAGAAUCACAGCCUAGCAAAGGAUGCGCAGGAGAAAGCCCACGCAGCCCUGCUAGACUACACCCUGGGCCACUACCCGCACUGCGGGGACAAAGUCCGGCAGUUGCUGCUGCGCCUGGCUGAGGUGCGGGCUCUGAGCAUGCAGGCUGAGGAGUACCUGUAUCACAAGCACCUGGGUGGGGAGGUGCCCUGCAACAACCUGCUCCUCGAGAUGCUCCACGCCAAGCGGACUUGAGUUCGAGGCCCGGCCCCGGCCCACGGGGGGGGCCACCACAAGUCCCUGCCGCCUGUCUCCCAGCUACCCCAGCUGACUUCUCUUCUUACACGACACCGAUGGGGAUCCCAACCUUCCUCACUGCAAAUUCUUGGACUUGCCCCUUCCAGGGCGCCCCGCCCCUGCCGACAGUGCCAGGCCUCCCCUCCGGCAUAGACUGUUGGGGAGGAAGAGGAGCCCGCUAGGUGUCUACACAGUCACAGGUCUCGACUGCCUCCUGGCCUGUGUCUCUGGCAGAGGGGGCCAGGAGUCGUGAGGUUGCCAUCAGGGUGUGCGGGCUUGGGAGCCUGAACCUGCUUCCAGCUCAGGCCUCUCAGGAGAAAAUGGUUCCACCAGGCCUUCCACCCCUUUCCCUACCAGCUGCUUCCUCCCUCCCAGACUCCAGGACUCCUCAUCAGCCUUGACCCCAUGGGAGAACAUGUGCGCACGUGUUUGUGUGUGUGUAUGUGCGCAUGCCUUUGUGUCACCAACAGCUUCAUUUGUGGAUUUAGAGAAGGGGUUCGGAGGCCAGGGACCAAAGGACAGGACCCCCUGGGUCAUUUGCCACCCAUCCUGCCCCACUACUGUACUCUGGGGAAUGGGACACACCAGGCCGCUGGUGGCCCCAGGAGGACCAUGAAGAAAGGGGAGAAGAGGAGGCGAUAGGGUAGGGAUUUCAGUAGUCCCUCUAGUUUCAGCAAUAAGUGAAUUUGCUCAAGGUGGAAGGGGGCAGUGGGGAUCAAGCCCUAAUUUGCUAAACAACAAGUUUUGGAGGAAGGCAGUUCUAACACAGGGCAAGGAAGUCACAUGCUCCAGUACUCUAAUUUUGCAGACACAGCUCUGAAUUGAUCAGCCGGAUGAGGCAUUCUUCCCAACCCUGCUCUCCUCAGGCCCAGCUGCCCCCUAUCCUGGAGGCCACAGAAAGGGAAUUGGAUUCAAUCAGCAUUUUUUUGUGAGAGGCCCUUAGCCAGGGGUUUCAGCUUCUCUGCAAGACUGGAGGGGAGAGUUCCUAGGUCCUCUGUUCUUCUCCACUCCUCCCCAGGAAUCCUGCCUUAGUGGGUUGAAAAGGGAGGUGACUAGUGCUUCCUUGGGAAAGGAUUAACCAGACACUCCAGAACAGAGGCCAGAUGGAGGAAGGGGGAUGGAUUUCUUUACUUGGGACUCAGUUAUCAAUGCCUGUCCCAGCCUGGUCUCUCUCCCCAGCCCCAUGUUCCUUGCCUUCCCGGCUUUUAGGAAAUGCCCUCUUCUGUUGCUUGUUCAGUUGCCCCUCUUGGCCCUGUUCCUGUUCAGAGCCCUUGCAGAGGUUCUCGUGAUCUCGGGGAAACUACAGGAUAUCAUAGUUGAUGAAAGCGCUGGGCUGGGCAAGACAGAAUUUGGGCUUCCAAAGGGAAGCAGACCCCAACGCUAGUGAGGUUGCCCCCCACCAGGUUGGUUGGGUUGGAUUACAUCAUCUGACUGCCAGAAGGACCUGAGGAGGACCCACGCUCGAGGUAUUUCUUUGGAUUAUUUUCACAUAUACUAUUGGAAAGCCCUCGUUGGUAGGGUAAGGAGGGUCACCCAGGGGAUGCCAAGGGUUCAAAGCGCAUCACUGAACCAACCCAGGGUCAAGGCUGAUCAAUGGCCCCUCAAGCCUCCAUACCUGCCUCACCUCUCCAGGCAGAUGGUCCAAUCUUGGCAGCUCAGAAGCUCCCUGUGGCUGGGUGGGGGUGGAGGAUCAAGAAGGUGCCUUUUCAA